ACUAAUGACAUUUGUAAAUUUUCUGCAAAAAAAGAACAAUCCGUUUCUGGUUUUCAUGCAUUUUCCAAUAUUUUUUCCAUGACUUAUAAUAUUCAUUUGAUUCAAAAUGGUUAAAACCAGCGUUAGAACGCAAAAUACUUCAGUACCAAACACGAGAGAAAUUGUUUUAGCCGCGAUCAGAAAAUUAACACUGAACACAGGUUGGACUACAAGAAAAAUCAACGAACUAAUAAGACUUGAAUAUAACGCACGUGACCGCAAUCUUAGUCGAAAAGUAGGAAGAGCAUUAAAAACAGGAGUAAAGCGAGGAUUAUUUCAUGUAGUUAACGGCAGGUACCGGUUAAAAGAUGGUCUGUGUCAUAUUUUGGCAUCUCCCAUUGGUGCUCGCGAAAGGCAGUCGCAUAACAGGACACAUGCCUUAAGGAAAAUUACCAAGAAAAAAGAUCGCUGGCUGAAAAAGGCACAAAAAUGUAUAACUAUUCGUAGUGAUUGAUUUUAUUGUUCAGAUUGUCUUUUUUACUAUUUUUUUUACAUUUUAUUUUUUGUCAAUGAUUUUUUAAUAGACACUUAUUAAAAUAGA